CCCACCGCCACCGCGUUCGUCGUUGGACAAGCUCCGUCGCCGGCCCGAGCCCGAGCAAGGAGAGCAGGCGGCCAGCGAGAUGACGGUGGCGGCGGGGGUGGGGUACGCGCUCAUCGCGCUGGGCCCCGCCUUCUCCCUCUUCGCCGGCGUCAUCGCCCGGAAGCCCUUCCUCGUCCUAACUUAUUUGUGCAGCACGUUGUUUUGGCUUAUAAGUUUGAUUGUCCUCUCGGGAAUAUGGAGGGGGUUUCUUCCUCUAAAAUCAGGAGUGUGGUGGCCAUAUGUGAUUUUGAUCCUUACAUCUGUUGCAUUUCAAGAAGGCAUCCGUCUUGUCUUCUGGAGGCUUUACAAGAAAAUGGAAGAGAUGCUAGAUGCCUUUGCUGACAGAAUAUCUAAACCACGUCUCUGUUUGACAGACAAGAUGCUAAUCUCUUUGGCUGGUGGUUUAGGUCAUGGACUGGCUCAUGCGGUCUUUUUCUGCCUCAGCCUCCUAACUCCAGCAUUUGGUCAAGCAACAUUUUAUGUUGAGAGGUGCUCAAGGAUGCCAUUUUUCCUUGUGUCGGCAAUUAUUGCACUUGGAUUCUUGGUCAUCCAUACUUCCUCGAUGAUUAUUGCUUUUAAUGGAUAUGGAGAGAGAAAGAAGAGGGACCAAAUCUUUGUCCCAGUGGUUCACCUGAUUGCUGCUGUAAUGACAUUGAUCAACCUUGUGCCAGGGGGUUGCCUCGUCGGCACACCUUUACUGUGCGUGACGGCUGCGAUGACCUUGUACUACUCCUGGCAAGUGGUGGGGCAGAGAAUAACAGAGCACCAACAUCGACAGUCUUAACAGCUAGCGCUUUGCCUUGUGCUCGUCGCAUCGCAUGGAGUUUCCUUGUGGGCUAAUCUUUGUACUAGGACAACUGUAUGUAGAUUUAGCGGUUUCGCCACUAGUGGACUCGUCAUCUUAUGAAAGCCCAUGCGGCCGUGAGAUAUUGACUCCCUUAUGAAGUUAUGAUGGGUUGUGUAUGGUACUUGUACUGAGACGGUCUACUUGUAAUGAGAUGUUUUCAGUGCUAUCUGGUCAGGCAAGAGAUUGCCGUCAGAUUGGUGCUCGGUUAAGUUAAAUACUACUGCUAGUUAGUAAUCUAA